AUGCUGCUACUCAAUUCUAUCGGUUCACCGUGAAAGCACGUCCCUUAGCUACUAUUUGCGAAGCUCUCAUCGCGCGAUUGAAAUACACCCGCCAAAUACCGGCAAACAUUCAGUCGCUGGGGAGCACUUUCCACCGGCAGUGACUGAGCGCAAAGUUUCGCUCACCCAUCGUUAUCAGUUCUACGUGAACUAGACGAGGAAGUGCAUUUCCGCAACUGUUCAGGAGUCCUUUAAAUUGUGAAAGUACCCUCAGGAUCAAGGUCGAGGAUGGUUUGGACGCGACCGGCGAAUGUUCCGUAUCCUUCGGUUUGGCACACCUUCCGGGCCAAGGACGUCGACAGUGACCAGAUGGUGAACUACGUGGUUCAGGAUCUACCGGAGGAACGCUUCGAGGAGGCCAUCGACCACAUGUUGAACAUCUUCAUCUACGACGAGCCGAUGUGCGAGGCCAAGAAGCUGGCCGAAGAUCCGGUGAGUGUGCAGGAAAUCCGCGACGUAUGGCGUGAACUUGUCCAGCAUCGGGUAGCCUUGAUCUGUUUCCGCGAGGGAUCCGACGAGAUUGCUGGCAUCAACAUGACGUACGUCUCCGACAAGGACGACAAGAAGGACUACACCUGCAAUGGAGAUCGCUGGCGGGACGUGCUCGACGCGGUGAUGUACUUCUCCGACCGAAGCAACGUGUUCGAACGGUACCAAGUGGACCAAUACCUGGCAGCGAUGGGACUAUCCGUAGUGCCCAAGUACCGUGGUCGAGGACUGGCCACGGAGAUCCUCCGGGCGCGGAUUCCACUGUGCAAGGCCGUCGGGUUGAAGGUCACUUCGACGGUAUUCACGGCCAUUGGGUCGCAAAUUCCGGCCGGUAAGGUCGGCUUCGAGGAUAACUACGUCAUGUCGUACGAAGAACUGGUCAAGGUCGACCCGAGGUUCGAAUUUCCUGGCAUUCCCGGUAAGUAUUGUAAGAGUAUGAGCUUGAAAGUCGAAUAAAGUGGGUCGAUUGUUGUAAAGAGGAAA